CACCCCGCGCCCCCCCGGAGCACCCCGCACCCCCCGGAGCACCCCGCGCCCCGCACCCCCCGGAGCACCCCGCGCCCCGCGCCCGCCGGGCAUGUAGCGGCGCCGGGACGAUGGGCGGGACCCACGCCCGCCAGCCCGCCGCCUCGGACCCGGGCGAGGAAGUCAACUUUGACCAUUUUCAGAUCCUGCGGGCCAUCGGCAAAGGGAGCUUUGGAAAGGUGUGCAUCGUGCAGAAGCGGGACACGAAGCGCAUGUACGCCAUGAAGUACAUGAACAAGCAGCAGUGCGUGCAGCGGGACGAGGUGCGCAACGUGCUCCGCGAGCUGCAGAUCAUGCAGGGCCUGGAGCACCCCUUCCUGGUCAACCUGUGGUACUCGUUCCAGGACGAGGAGGACAUGUUCAUGGUGGUGGACCUGCUGCUGGGCGGGGACCUGCGCUACCACCUGCAGCAGCAUGUGCACUUCCCCGAGGGCGCCGUGCGGCUGUACGUGUGCGAGCUGGCGCUGGCGCUGGACUACCUGCGGCAGCACCGCAUCAUCCACCGGGACAUCAAGCCGGACAACAUCCUGCUGGACGAGCACGGACACGUCCACAUCACAGACUUUAACAUCGCGACCGUGGUGAAGGGGGCGGAGAAGGCUUCUUCCAUGGCUGGCACCAAGCCCUACAUGGCCCCGGAGGUGUUUCAGGCCUACGUGGAUGGAGGCCCCGGGUACUCCUACCCCGUCGACUGGUGGUCCCUGGGCAUCACGGCCUACGAGCUGCUGCGGGGCUGGAGGCCGUACGAGAUCCACUCGGCCAUGCCCGUGACGGAGAUCCUGAACAUGUUCCAGGCGGAGCGUGUGCACUACUCCUCCACAUGGGGCCAGGGCAUGGUCGCCCUGCUGAGGAAGCUCCUGACCAAGGAUCCCGAGAGCCGCCUGUCCAGCCUCAGCGACGUUCAGAGCACGCCCUACCUGGCCGACGUGAACUGGGACGCGGUGUUGGAGAAAGCGUUGACCCCCAGCUUUGUGCCCAAUAAAGGGAGACUGAAUUGUGACCCCACGUUUGAACUCGAAGAAAUGAUUCUCGAAUCCAAGCCCCUUCACAAGAAGAAGAAGAGGCUGGCGAAGAACAGGUCCAGAGACGGCACGAAGGACAGCUGCCCGCUGAACGGCCACCUGCAGCAGUGCCUGGAGACCGUGCGGAGGGAAUUCAUCGUGUUCAACAGAGAGAAGCUGAGGCCGCAGAGCCUGGGCGGCCAGCAGCUGGACCCCGAGGGCCGCACCGGGAGCCGGGCGCCAGGCAAGCUCCGGGACGAUGGGUGCAACAACAACAACGUGCCAGGCCCCGCCUGCGCCCGUGGCUGCAGCCACUAAGCCCCUGGCCGCCCACAGGAGCCGCCACCUCCGCCAUCUCCGCCCGCCCUCCGGCCCCUCUGCGCCCUCCCUGCCUCCUCAGAACGUCAGAUGCAGAGAGAGCCUGGCUGGGAGCGGGAGCUGGGGUGGGCCGCUGCCAGAAAGAUCCCUGUGGGACCUGGGAUGAGCCUGGCCCUCCUGGGCCUCCGUUUUCUGCAUCUGCCCAAGGGAAGGGGUGGUCGGCUCUCCGGCCUCCUCCGGUCCCAGCUCCUGGGAGAGUCACAGACUUGCUGAACAUCUGACAUUUACAAAAUGGUCCACAUGGGCCGGUCGAAUGGUGAUGUCGGACGCGCGCUCCCUCCCAAGGCAAUCAGACCCUCACAGCUGUGCCAUCCGCUCCGUCCCGGAUCCUUCGGCGGCCCUUUGGGAAAAGGCAGCAAAAGGCAACACCGCCACGGGCACGCCUGCCCUUUCUGGGGAAGCGCCGGAGCCUGAAGUGUUCCCGUGGCGCUCGCCGACGAGCUGGACUCGCCGGCCGUCCCGGUGGCGUGGCCCGCAGACCGGCCGGUCCCGGGGUCCGGGGCUGUGGGUGCACGCCCCCCCUUCCUCACAGAGGACGGCCUCUCGCACGCUUCAUCUCCGCAGCCCCCACCCCGGCCACUCCGAUGAGGGUCCUCGGUCCCCGAAAG